CGCCAUGCAGGUGUCCAGCCUCAACGAGGUGAAGAUCUACAGCCUGAGCUGCGGAAAGUCCCUCCCCGAGUGGCUUUCCGACAGGAAGAAGAGAGAGCUGCAAAAAAAAGAUGUCGAUGUUCGAAGAAGAAUUGAGCUUAUUCAGGACUUUGAAAUGCCUACAGUUAGUACCACCAUUAAGGUGUCAAAAGAUGGACAGUAUAUUUUGGCAACUGGAACGUACAAACCACGUGUUCGAUGCUAUGACACCUAUCAGCUAUCAUUGAAAUUUGAGAGAUGCUUAGAUUCAGAGGUGGUCACAUUUGAAAUACUAUCUGACGACUACUCAAAGGUGGUUUUCUUGCACAAUGAUAGAUACAUUGAAUUUCACUCGCAAGGAGGUUAUUACUAUAAAACCAGGAUACCUAAGUUUGGGAGAGACUUCUCUUAUCACUAUCCAUCCUGUGACCUCUACUUUGUUGGCGCAAGCUCUGAAGUGUAUAGGCUAAAUCUGGAACAAGGACGGUACUUGAAUCCCCUGCAGACAGAUGCUUCGGAGAACAUUGUUUGUGACAUAAAUUCCACGCAUGGCUUAUUUGCUACUGGAACAAUAGAGGGGAGGGUGGAAUGUUGGGAUCCAAGAACCAGAAAUAGAGUUGGCGUCUUGGACUGUGCUUUAAGCAGCGUCACCGCAAAUACAGAAAUAGAGACUUUACCAACGAUCUCAGCCCUGAAAUUUAAUGGAGCUUUGAAUAUGGCAGUUGGGACAUCUACGGGACAGGUUUUGUUAUAUGAUCUCCGCUCUAGUAAACCACUAAUAGUUAAGGACCACCAGUAUGACUUGCCUAUCAAGUCAGUCCAGUUCCAGGAUUCUUUGGAUUUGGUUUUGUCUGCCGAUGCCCGAAUUAUCAAAAUGUGGAACAAGGACACAGGGAAAAUAUUUACCUCUAUGGAGCCGGAACAUGAUAUUAAUGAUGUGUGUCUGUAUCCUAAUUCAGGAAUGCUUCUGACAGCCAACGAAACCCCCAAAAUGGGUGUCUAUUACAUUCCGGUUCUGGGCCCUGCCCCAAGAUGGUGCUCUUUCCUAGACAACUUGACCGAAGAACUAGAGGAGAAUCCUGAAAGCACAGUUUAUGAUGAUUACAAAUUUGUCACCAAGAAAGACCUAGAAAAUUUAGGACUUACUCAUCUCAUUGGAUCACCUCUCCUCAGAGCAUAUAUGCAUGGCUUUUUCAUGGAUAUAAGACUGUACCACAAGGUGAAAUUGAUGGUAAACCCAUUUGCAUAUGAAGAAUACAAAAAGGAUAGGAUUAGGCAGAAAAUAGAAGAAGCACGCGCUCAAAGAGUCAAAAUAAAGAAACUUCCAAAGGUUAAUAAAGAGCUUGCUCUCAAGCUGAUUGAGGAAGAGGAGGAGCGGCAGCAGUCCACAUGGAAAAAGAAGAUGAAGAGCGUACCCAACAUUCUCUCCGAUGAUCGAUUCAAAGUUAUGUUUGAGAACCCCGAUUUCCAGGUGGAUGAGAAGAGUGAAGAAUUUAGACUUCUGAAUCCUCUUGUUUCUAAAGUCAGUGAGAAAAGGAAAAAGAAGCUGCGACUUCUGGAACAACAAGAAGCUCUGGAACAGGAAGAGGAGAACGAACGGGAAGGAAAACCAAGUGAUGCGGAAAGUUCUGAGACUUCAGAUGAUGAAAAAGACUGGGUUGAAGAGGUCAGGAAACAGCGAAAACUUAUCCACCAAGAGGAAAAAGUGAGGCGGCAGGAAAGGCUCAAGGAGGAUCAGCAAACAGUACUGAAGCCCCAGUUUUAUGAGAUCAAAGCAGGAGAAGAAUUCAGAAGCUUCAAGGAUUCUGCCAAAAAGCAAAAGUUAAUGAAAAAACCUCUUGAAGAUCGUUUGAAGCUAGAAGCAAAACUUGGAACCCUGAAUGUGUCUGAUACCACCGUUGGUAGCAAGCAGUUGACAUUCACAUUAAAGAGGUCAGAGCAGCAGAAGAAACAGCAUGAAGCAGAGAAGCAGCAUCACCUGGAAAGGAAGAGACUUCGCCGCUCGGCCGGUCACCUGAAGAGUAAGCGUGGAAGAGGGCGGCCAUUCCAUUGAUGGCAAAAGCGUAUUUCAAAGCCUCCAGAAAAUCGAACCAUUGAAGUUUAUCCUGGGCUAAAACUCAAGCUUGGGGCCACAGUCUUUUCUCCCGCAAUAACUGCUAUCACUCAACAUGAAACCACCAUGAAACCAUUUUUCCUGCUCCGUUUAGCAUGUAUUACCGGACAGAUUUGUGUUUCGUGCACACGGAUCUUUUUGAUAGUUGAUGAUUUUUGUUUGUUUUGAAAAGUUGUUUCUCAAAUCGCCGAGAUACGAAUAGUCUGAUG